AGAUAUAAAUCAUAUAAUAUUUAAUAUUUCUUAAUUCUCUGCUCAAACCAAUUUAACCUACAACAGCUGAUUUUUGUUUUUGUUGUGAUUUCCAGAAAUGGAAAACAAUUAUCAAAAACAAGACAAACAGAAAGAAAAUGAACUUGUCAAAGCAAUUUGUCAAUUUGAAGAGGCUAAAUUAUUAUUUAUUUAUCGCUCCGCAGCAAAAGAUUAUUGGUAAUUGGCUCGGUGCCAAUUUGCAUCAGAAUUGUGCCUAUUCUAGUAAAAUGUCAAAGUUUAUCGAAAUACCAGUGCAAGCAGAUAAGUUACUAAAAUUAUUCCGUUCGACAGUAGUUCCCAAAUUAAAUGUGAGCGACAACAGGGGCAAUCAACGUCACAAAGGUCAAGCUGGACGAAUUGGGGUAAUUGGUGGGUCUCUAGAGUACACCGGGGCUCCAUAUUUUUCAGCCAUUAGUGCUAUGCGUGUAGGUGCUGAUUUGGCUCAUAUAUUUUGUCAACGCGAUGCUGCUGUUGUUAUCAAAUCGUAUAGUCCCGAAUUAAUUGUGCAUCCUUUAUUGGAUGCGGAUGAUGCUAUAGAACAAAUGUCACCAUGGUUAGAACGAUUACACGUAUUAAUCAUAGGUCCUGGACUAGGACGAGAUCCAAAGAUACAAAAGACUGUCGUUUGUCUUAUCGAACUUUGCAAACAACUAAAUAAACCCUUAAUUAUUGAUGCCGAUGGCCUCUUCAUACUCAAUGAAAAUAUGGAUUUGCUUAAUGGAUUAAGCAAUGUCAUAUUGACGCCAAACGUUAUAGAAUUUCGACGUUUAUUUAGUGACGAUGUCGAAGUAGUAAAACAGCGAAUGGCGCAGCUAGGUGAUGGCGUAAUUGUACUUAAAAAAGGUUCACAAGAUAAAAUUUAUAUACCAAGUACCUCGGAAAUUUACACACUUCCAUCGGGUGGUUCUGGUCGUCGAUGCGGCGGACAAGGUGAUUUACUAUGCGGUUCGAUUGCUACCUUUUUUCAUUGGGCUUUAGAAUCUAAUCAGUCAAAUGCGGCAUUUAUUGCAACGUUUGCGGCGAGCUAUUUGGUGAAGCAAUGCAAUGCGGCUGGUUUUCAAAAAUGGGGUCGCAGUAUGGUGGCGAGCGAUAUGUUAAAUGAAAUUCAUUUAGUGUUCCGCAACAUUUUUGAAGAGCAGUAAUUUUGUUUUAUGCCAAUGAAUACGGCGAAGAAGUUGAUGUAAAUGGUUAGCGAAAACACUUGUUGAUUGCAUUUUUAAGUUUUCUUCUUUCUCUCUCUCAAUUUUAUUAAAGUUCGUAGUUUUAUAGAAAUCAAUAUUCACUCAGCGAUAUAUCUAUUUAGGAAGUUAAGAUUUAAAAUGUAUACUCUGAUUUUAUUGUAUAAAUUAAUAAUAUUUGAAAAUUAAUAAAUUACCGAAGUGGCAUAAACGCAUAAACCGUUUGUGCGACAGUCAGAUCUACUUAACAGGAACGGACCCGGAAUUUUGUCCGGCAAGGAACAUGAGAUUUAAAAUAUAUACUCUGGCUUUAUUGUUUAUUUUAAUAAAUAUAUAUGUAUCUAUAUAUAUUUGAGAA